AUGUCUUCGCCCAAGCCAGCCUCCCCACUGGCCACACGCUCACCCAAGCCAGCAGCAGCGUCACUGCCCCCAUCCGGACCAUCAUCGUCUGGAGCAGCAGCGGCAAGUCCAGCAGGAGGAGCACGAGCCAAGGUCGACAAAGCGGCGCUCAAGGCUGCCAAAGCGGCCAAGAGAGCCGCCGCCAAGGGACUAGCAUCUGGUCAACCUGCGUCCCCGGCGCUGAGCGAUGCAUUCCUCUCCUCCAAAAAGUCCGGUGGCGCGUCGAACAACAGGGGGGGCCAUGGCCAGGCCAAGCCGGAGCAGCAAUCCUCGACCGGAGCAGCUUCGUCCUCCUCGAACCGAGCUUCGACCUCCAAUGCAGCAACCGGGGGAGCAGCAGCAGCAGCAGCAGCAGCAGCAGCAGCAGCAACAACAACAGCCGCAACAACUUCCUCGCCCGCCACCACAACAGGCACCCGAGUUGCCUCGGCCUCAGCCAUCAUCGCCGACCCGUUGUCCCCCUUCCUGCACCUCGUCCUGCCCUCGUCGUCGUCGUCGUUGUCCCACUCGUCCAAGUCGAGCACGGCCAACAUCCACCCUUCCAUCAUCCGCCUCGCUCUGCAGUAUGCCGAGUUCAAGAUCGUAGGCGCCAACGCUCGCUGCAUCGCCAUGCUCGAAGCACUCAAGGAUGUCAGUCCAUCGCAACAAGUUCGCAGUCGGCGCUGCUGUCCUGACCCCACGGGCCGUCUCUCCCCACCCAGAUCAUCGCCACCUACACACCACCAGCACAGACAAGCCUCACACGGCAUCUGCCAACGACCCAUCUCAACCCGCAAAUCAACCAUCUCGUCCGAGCAAGGCCGCUCUCGGUCUCCAUGGGCACUGCGAUCCGGUACCUCAAGUACGAGAUCAGUCUGAUCGAAAUGGAGACCGACGUAGAAGAGGUCAGGAAUGCCUCGAGGUGUAGCUCAAAAAUAGCUCCUCAUUAGUGGCUGACCCAUUGUUGACACCUGUCCCAGGCCAAGGCGAUGCUCAUCAGCAAGAUCGACUCGUUCGUUCGCGACCGGAUCCUGCUCGCCGACAAGGUUAUCGAGCAACACGCGUGCGAAAAGAUCAACGACGGCGAUACCAUUCUCACCUAUGCGAGAUCGUCCGUCGUGGAAGGCGUCUUGCUCGAGGCCAAGAGGCAGGGCAAGGACUUUUCAGUUGUCGUUGUCGAUUCAAGACCGCUCAAUGAGGGUGAGUGCUCACCGGACUCGGCAAGUGAAAACGCCAGCGAGGAGAUCGUGCUGACAAUGACGUUUGCUCUGCUCGAUCAGGCAAAAAUCUUCUCAUCUCUCUGCGCGCGGCUCAAAUACCGACGACCUACGUCCUACUCCCCUCUCUAUCCUUGGUCCUACCCCGCGUUUCCCUCUGCCUUCUCGGCACCCACGCCCUGCUCUCGAACGGAUCCAUGUUCUCCCGAGCCGGAACAGCCAUGGUCGCGAUGAUGUUACGGGAAAAGGGUGUCCCCGUCGCUUGCUGUUGCGAGACGUACAAGUUCUCCGAGCGGAUCAUGCUCGAUUCGAUCGUGGGCAAUGAAAUGGGUUAGUCGGAGCUGGCGUUUUCUGAGCCGAAGCCCUGUCUUCGGGCCAUUUCUAACUCGAGCUCCCGCAUACCACCCUCACAGCCACGCCUCAAUCGUUAUUGGAGGGGAUCAUCCCCGCAACACCGACGACGAAUCUUUCACCUCUCUCGCUCUUGUACGAUGUGGCGAGACCUGAGGAUGUGACGGUCGUCAUCACCGAGGCAGGCUUGAUCCCCGUACAGUCCGUACCAGUGUUGCUCAGGGAUUACAAGCCCUUGGCUGGGGGAGGGUUGUAG